CGUAGAAAACGACUGUGAUAUAUCGACUUUUUAAUCUAUCUACGAAAGUCUCCACAAAAUUUCACCCACUUUCUACCUCUCGUGGAUCUCUUGGUGAAAGGGCCGUAUGCGUCAGGGUAGAAAAAUUUUGUGAAAGUGAACUUUAUUUUGAAAAUGGCAAGCCAGAGAAAGAGACGACAUGAAGAGAGGUUGGAAGAAUUCGAAUUGUCUGAUGAAGAGGACGUGGAACUUUAUGUUCCGUUGAAAGAAAGAAGAAGGCUUGAGCUUGAAAAACGAGAAAAGUCUUUAAAAAGAAAGACAGAACCGCCACCACCGGUGGAAACUGUGCAGAGUGUGUCACAAACGUCGUUAGUGGAGAAAGAAAAACACGAGGAGGUUCCCAUUGGGUUAAAAACCAAUGUUAGUUUGUUGGAUCAACACAGCGAAUUAAAGAAGAUUGCUGAAGCUGAGAAGGAGACCGACUAUGAGAAACAGCUUAAAGAGGAGGAAAAGAUCUUGGAUAGCAUCGCCGAGAAAAAAGUUUUGAUGGCUGUUGGUGAAAUUGCAAAAGGAAUUGUUUACACUGAUUCCAUCAAGACUGGAUGGCGCCCUCCAAGGUACUUUAAGUCAUAUCCCCCAGAGAAGUUUGAUAAAAUAAGGAAGAAAUGGCAUAUUCUAGUUGAGGGAGAGGACAUUCCACCUCCAGUCAAGACUUUCAAGGAGAUGAAGUUUCCUCGGGCUGUUCUGAACACACUGAAGCGAAAAGGAAUAACUCACCCAACACCUAUACAAAUCCAAGGGAUACCAGCUGUGCUUACUGGGAGGGAUAUGAUUGGUAUUGCCUUCACAGGCUCAGGAAAGACGCUGGUGUUCACGCUUCCAAUCAUCAUGUUCAGCCUUGAGCAGGAGAAGGUUCUACCAUUCCAGAAGCAAGAGGGUCCUUACGGGCUCAUUGUUGUUCCAUCUAGAGAACUGGCACGGCAAACAUUUGAGGUGAUUUCUGAAUUUACAAGGGCCUUGGAACUGGAUGGCUUUCCUUCUCUCCGAUCUGCUCUUUGCAUUGGUGGAACUUCAGUGAAAGAUCAACUGGAGAUCGUCAAAAGAGGGGUUCACAUGAUGGUUGCCACGCCAGGUCGACUGAUGGACUUGUUAGAGAAGAAGAUGGUCAAUCUGGACAUAUGCCGGUAUUUGGUUCUUGAUGAAGCUGAUCGCAUGAUCGACAUGGGCUUUGAGGAAGACGUCAGAACAAUCUUUUCUUACUUCAAGUCACAGCGUCAGACGCUCCUGUUUAGUGCAACCAUGCCCAAAAAGAUUCAGAACUUUGCCAAGAGUGCUCUUGUCAAGCCAGUAACUGUCAAUGUAGGAAGAGCAGGAGCAGCAAGUCUUGAUGUUAUCCAAGAAGUUGAAUAUGUGAAACAGGAAGCCAAAGUUGUUUAUCUGUUGGAAUGCUUACAGAAAACAGCUCCCCCAGUGCUGGUUUUUGCUGAGAAAAAAGCAGAUGUUGAUGAUAUUCACGAGUACUUGCUUUUGAAGGGAGUGGAAGCUGUCGCUAUACAUGGUGACAAAGAUCAAGAAGAACGGGAGAGUGCAAUGAGAAGCUUUAGAGAAGGCAAGAAAGAUGUGAUGGUGGCAACUGAUGUUGCUUCCAAAGGACUUGACUUUCCCGAUAUUCAGCAUGUUAUUAACUACGACAUGCCUGAAGACAUUGAGAACUAUGUCCAUAGGAUUGGUCGCACUGGUCGUUGUGGGAAGACUGGAGUUGCUACAACAUUUAUCAACAAAUCUUGUGAUGAAUCAGUUCUGUUGGAUCUGAAGCACUUGUUGCUCGAGGCGAAGCAGAAAAUACCUCCAGUACUGGCAGCACUACAAGCAGAAAAUGAAGGUUACCUUGAUCUUGGAGAGGAACGUGGCUGUGCCUAUUGUGGUGGCCUUGGGCAUAGAAUUACUGAAUGUCCCAAGUUGGAAGCAAUGCAAACCAAACAAGCUGGCAACAUUGGACGAAGGGAUUACCUCGCACCUGGAGCAGCAGACUGGUAAUAAAUCAACCUAAUGUGCCACUGGUGAUUAGGUCAUGAAAGACAUUGUGGAAGUCAACUGGUAUAUCAAACAGUUGUGUUAAAAAGUCACCAAAGUUACUUGCAAAGAAAAAUUGUCUGGCAUGAGGCAGGGGCUCUUGGAAAAAAAAAACUGCAACAGUUGUAAAAUAUUCAAAUACCAAAAGAAACAAACUUGUAAUGAAAGGAACUAUUUUUCAUACUGGUUGUCAUACUAGAUAUGCAUUGUAGUAAUGCAGGGGUGUCAUUAACAUUUUCAGCAUUUUGGCAACUGAUUUUCACAUGUGUGCAAUAUUUUUCGAACUAAACUUCUUUAUAAGAAACACUUUCCCUAGAUUGUAAAACCAGGCAGGCAAAAUCAUCUUGCAGCUGGUCAUUUUGCCCUGUGCCUGGCCGUUAAUGAAACCCUAGUAAUGGUGUGUUGUUUUGACUAUUAGUAAAACAUACCGUGUUUACUCUCUGCAAAGGUUGGAACCAUGAUAUUUAAAAAUGUAUGGAAGAAAUAUUUACAGAGUUUGAAAGACAAACAUUUCUGAACAUACUAUAUUCAUUUCUAAAUAAAGCAAUGUUACUCACAAGGUUUUAUGUUUUUGUUUAUUAAAUUACUAUAGACAUUUUAUGAACUUGGUUGUAGAUAUCUUGACCAUGAAAAGAAAAGUAACUUGUAGGCAAAUGAGUUGACUCUGUAAAGUGUUGUACUUACAGCAUUUUUUGUUUAAGAGCAAUAAAGUCUGGUGUGAUAUAAA